GAAAGAAAGAAAGAGAGAGAGAGAGAAAGAAAGAUGAAGAGGGAUCAUCAGGACACCCGUAUUGGCGCCUUCGGCGGCGGCGCCCCCCCGAAGGGGGAGCCACCGUCGUCCUCCUCCGCCGCGGCCCCAAUGCCCGGCUCCGGCAAGGCCAAGUUGAUGAUGAUGUGGGGGGAGGGCGACGACCAAGAUCCCAGCGGCGUGGGCGGCGGCGGCGGUGGCGGCAUGGACGAGCUCCUCGCGGUUCUUGGCUACAAGGUGAGGUCGUCGGACAUGGCCGACGUCGCCCAGAAGCUGGAGCAGCUGGAGAUGGUGAUGGGCACUGCCCAGGAGGACGGCAUCUCCCACCUCUCCCACGACGCCGUCCACUACAACCCUUCCGAUCUCUCCUCUUGGGUCCAGAGCAUGCUCUUCGAGCUCAACCCUCCGCUGGCGCCGCCGCCGCAGCCGCAGGUAGCCGACCCGGUCCUCGCUCCGGCCGAGUCGUCCUCCACCCUCACGCAGCAGCACCAGCGUUCGCAUACUGGGUCUCAGUCUCAGGCCCAGACGCCGUCCCAGGUCAUCUUCAACGAUGACUCGGAGUACGACUUGAGGGCGAUUCCCGGCGUCGCCGCCUACCCGCAGAGCGACCCGGACUUCGAGAGCGCCGCCCGGAAGAGGUUGAAGACCCUGAACGGCGGGUCGAAUUCGUUGUCGUCCUCGUCCUCCUCGUCGGUCGCUGGAGCGGCGCCCCCCGAGUCGACCCGGCCGGUCGUCCUGGUCGACACGCAGGAGACCGGGGUGCGGCUCGUCCACACGCUCAUGGCCUGCGCCGAGGCGGUCCAGCAGGAGAACCUGAAGCUCGCCGAUGCGCUCGUCAAGCACAUUGGCCUGCUCGCGGCUUCGCAGAACGGCGCGAUGCGCAAGGUAGCGACCUACUUCGCCGAGGCGCUGGCCCGCCGGAUUUACCGGAUCUACCCCCCCGACGGCGGCCUGGACUCCUCGUGCAACGACAUCCUCCAGAUGCACUUCUACGAGACCUGCCCUUACCUCAAGUUCGCCCACUUCACUGCCAAUCAGGCCAUUCUGGAAGCCUUCGCCACCGCCAGCCGCGUCCACGUCAUCGAUUUCGGCCUCAAGCAGGGUAUGCAGUGGCCGGCCCUCAUGCAGGCUCUGGCCCUUAGGCCCGGCGGUCCGCCCGCCUUCCGGCUCACGGGGAUUGGCCCGCCGCAGCCGGACAACACCGACGCCUUGCAGCAGGUCGGCUGGAGGCUGGCCCAAUUGGCCGAUACUAUCGGGGUCGAGUUCAAAUUCCGGGGUUUCGUUGCGAAUUCGCUGGCUGAUCUCGAGCCUGCCAUGCUGGACAUCCGCCCACCCGAGGUCGAGACGGUGGCGGUCAACUCGGUGUUCGAGCUCCACGGCCUGCUCGCCCGACCGGGGGCGAUCGACAAGGUUCUGUCCUCCAUCAAGGCUAUGAGACCUAAGAUUGUGACGAUGGUGGAACAGGAGGCGAAUCACAAUGGCCCGGUGUUCGUGGAACGGUUCACGGAAGCUCUGCAUUACUACUCCAGCCUGUUCGACUCGCUGGAAGGGUCUGGGGUGGCUCCCCCGUGCCAGGACCUGGUCAUGUCCGAGGUCUACUUGGGUCGGCAGAUUUGCAAUGUUGUGGCCUGCGAGGGGACGGAUCGAGUGGAGCGGCACGAGACCUUGGCGCAGUGGCGGGCGCGGAUGGGAUCGGCUGGGUUCGACCCGGUCCAUCUCGGGUCCAACGCGUUCAAGCAGGCGAGCAUGUUACUGGCUCUGUUUGCAGGUGGAGAAGGUUACAGAGUAGAGGAAAACAAUGGUUGUCUCAUGCUCGGUUGGCACACGAGGCCUCUGAUCGCCACUUCGGCGUGGCAACUCGCCGCCACUCGGUGAAUCAAGUGUCAUUCAGCUGUGAGUUUAAUCGAAAUUGAGAUAGAUCGUGGUGUCGGUUUGACCCCCUUAGAUGAUCAGUGAAGGAAAAAGUGCUUUGCCUGAGUUGGGGAGAGGUACUAAGAGAGAGGCUACGAAACAACCUCAGAGCGUGUAGUUCCACUUCUUGCUUUUUUUGCCUCUGUGUAGUCUUCUGCAACAUCUUCCAAUCUUCCCCUUAUUGAUUUAUUUCAUGAAUUUUGAUUUUGGUUAGACCUUUGGGCUCUACUCAGGGUUGUUGGAUGAAUGCGAAUGUGUAUCCUCUGAAUUUAACUUUUGGAAUAAAAUGACGACGACGACGACGA